CUAUAAAAAGUAAUCUGUUGCUCUAACAAACUCCCCUGAUACUCAUAACUUACCGCCAUAACCUCCUCUCUUUCCGUUAGCCGUGACGGCGACGGUGACGGCGAUAUGGAAGACGGAUUAAUCCAGAAGCCAAAGGAUGACGUCAGAUUAACGUGGAGCGUGUUGGUGACGGAGAUGAAGAAGUUAGGAUAUGUUGCAGGUCCGAUGGUGGCGGUUACUCUGUCACAGUACUUGUUGCAGGUUAUCUCUGUUAUGAUGGUCGGUCAUCUCGGUGAGCUUUCUCUCUCUAGCACCUCCAUUGCUAUCUCUCUCUCUAGCGUCACCGGUUUCAGCUUAAUCUUGGGAAUGUCUAGUGCACUGGAAACUUUAUGUGGACAAGCUUACGGAGCUCAACAAUACAAAAAAGUUGGAACUCUGACUUACACUGCUAUUUUCUCACUUUUGAUCGUUUGCAUUCCUCUUGCUAUCUUUUGGAGAUUUACGGGAUCGUUACUCAUUCUUGUCGGCCAAAACCCUCUCAUUUCACACGAGGCUGGGAAAUUCAUCACCUACCUCAUCCCUGCACUUUUCGCUUACGCAAUUCUUCAACCACUUGUUAGAUAUUUUCAAAUGCAAAGCAUGCUUAUACCCAUGCUUGCCAGCUCAAUAACUGCUUUAUGCCUACACAUUCCUCUUUGUUGGGCCCUCGUGUAUAAAACCGGAUUGGGAAACAUUGGAGCCGCAAUGUCAAUGGGGAUUGCCAUGUGGUCAAACGCUAUAUUCCUCUUGUUUUACAUGAUGUACUCUCCGUCGUGUGCAAAAACACGUUCUCCAAUCUCGACUGAAGUUUUUCACGGGAUGAAACAGUUCUUCAGCUUUGCUAUCCCGUCAGCUGUCAUGAUUUGCCUCGAAUGGUGGUCAUACGAGUUUCUGAUAUUGCUAUCGGGGCUUCUGCCAAAUCCAGAGCUAGAAACUUCAGUUCUUUCUGUUUGUCUCAAUACUAUUGCUACAUUAUACGCUAUACCAUACGGAUUUGCCGCUGGGGUAAGUACAAGAGUCUCGAAUGAACUUGGAGCGGGAAAUCCAAGAGGAGCGCGUGUGGCAGUUAACGCCAUCAUGAUUCUUGCAGUUGUCGAGACAAGUAUAGUCAGCAUGAUAGUUUUUGUUAAUAGGCACAUUUUUGGGUACAUUUUCACAAAUGAAAAGGAAGUUGUCGAUUACGUGACAAAAAUCGCCCCUCUUCUAUGUGUAAAUAUCAUAAUGGAUAGUUUACAAGGAACCCUUUCAGGUGUUGCAAGGGGUGUGGGAUGGCAACAUUUAGGGGCGUACGCCAAUCUUGCUGCUUUUUAUCUCGUUGGAAUCCCGGUUGCCGCUUUCUUAGGGUUCUGCACCUCAUUGAAAGGAGAGGGCUUGUGGAUUGGAAUACUAGUUGGUGCCACCAUUCAAGUUUUUCUACUUUCGGUUGUUACAUUUUGUACCAAUUAUGAAAAACAGGCGACAAAGGCAAGGGAGAGAUUAUUGGAGGAAGAAUGUUCAACAGAAGAUAUAGUAAUGUGAAGCCAUGUUUUGUGUAUUCUAUACAAAUAAAAGCUUCUUCAAUAUAUGAGUCACACCAUAUACCCUUUUGGGACUUUUUGUUCGACACUAACAGUUUAACGCGGCUUAUAACUUGUUGCAACAAGUUAAGGUUGGUUAAGAGUUUUCUCACUCAAGAAGUAGUGUGCUGGAGUUAAGACCACAUGGGUUAAUGUUAAUCCACAAGGAUUUGAUGUUUAAGUGGCGCGUUAAAGAGUGUAUUAUUAUGGUAUAACAAACAAUUUCAAUUGCGGUUAAGGCAAUUUCUUUUUGUGAAAGAAGUCUAGAGAUAGGACAACAUUUUCCUUCAUCAAUUCUUCUUAUUUGUUCUUCU